AGCACCUACUGAAGGCAUCAUUGUUGUUGAGUUCCUCCGCCAUGUGUCUUUGCAUCAUCAAUUAAAGCCGGACCUUCCGGGGCCGGGGGUCCGUGCGGGAAUCUCCGAAAGCCCCCAAUUUUCUUCCCAAGGCCAGCUUCUCCGAUUUGGAAGCUAAAACCCCCAAUCCAUCGAGCAGCGUUACCGCGACGAAGGCAACGACAACGCCAACGACACAUCGUCCAAAAUGGCCGCCUUUGUCAAAGCGAUCAACGCCAAAAUCAGGGCACACCCCGUCCUGAAUUAUGUCUGCUCCACACAUUUCUGGGGGCCCGUCUCCAACUUCGGCAUCCCCGUCGCCGCGGUCAUGGACACACAAAAGAGUCCCGAGCUAAUUUCCGGCCCGAUGACGUUCGCCCUCUGCGUCUACUCGGCGACCUUCAUGCGCUACGCGCUCGCCGUCACCCCCAAGAACUACCUGCUCUUCCUCUGCCACUUCGUCAACGAGGGCGCCCAGCUCACCCAGGGCUACCGCUACCUGCAGUGGACGCAGUGGGGCGGGCGCGAGAAGGCCGCCCUCGCCGGCGCCGUCACGGACUUCAAGGAGAAGGCGGCCCAGGUGGAGGACAAGGGGAAGGAGAUGGUCGGGAAGAAAUAGGGGUCGCGUCGGGAGAGGAGGAUAGGGGGUGAGGAUGGAAAGGGCUGGGAACGGGUUGCGCAGCGUGUCAGGCUGGGCGUCUGUUGAGGGGUGGGAGGUUUGGUUGAGCGAAGGCCUGGCGUAACGGCCUGUUUCGCUUUCCCCGUAUCCUGCAAACAGGAGUGCGGUAUCAGCUGGCGCGGGGAAGUUUAUCUGAGCAGGCGGUCGAAAUCGGCCGGGUGGUGUGUUGCGGGCCGGGCUGUACGAUCAAGCGAGGCGCGCUGAGUUGGGCUCGCAUCAAUGCGACGGAGUCGUGGAUGUCUUAUGUUGCUCAGGUCUGGUCGGCUCCAUUUCUAAUCAGAUGGUGUGAGACUGGGUGGGC